AGGAAUGCAUUUGGCCCAUCAUUUGGCACAGUUUGUUUCUCGGGUCUAGUAUUUGCAGCAGUGCAAAUAGCUCGGGCUGCUCUGGAAAAAGCAGUACGCUCCAAACGUAUGAGAUCGUCACAAGGCAUUGUUUCUGCUGCACUUGGUUGCUGUUUGAAUUGCCUACUCUCAGCAAUUGAUUUUGUGAAUAAGUUCACCAUCAACGUCACUGCAAUGACAGGAGAAAACUAUUGCUCUUCUGCUAGGCUGGCAUAUGAACUUCUCAAGCGGAAUCUUCUAUCAGUAGUUGUUGUUGAAACAAUAUCCACCCGCCUAUUGUUUGGAAUAUUCUUAGUUGUGUCCCUUGCAUAUGCCAUAAUGGUAUGGGGUGUACUCAAGGCUGCAACUUCACUUGGAAGGGAUGCCUACUUGGUUACAGGGUUUGCAUGGUUACUGCUAUUCAUGGUACUUGGAUAUUUUGUUCAUGUUCUGGACAAUGUAAUAGAUGCCGUUUAUAUAUGCUAUACAGCAGAUAAAGACAGAGGACGCGUGUCAAAACCCGACGUUCACAGUGUGUAUGUUCUGCUUCCUGUUUCCAGAAAUGACACCUCUUCCCUUGCAGUACAAGAAAUUUCUUGCUAAAUUUGUCACCAAGAAAAAGUAACCGAAAGUAAAAGUUCCAAAAUUUGCGUGAUUUUGGUGAGAGCAUUAUAAAAGUGCAAUUUAUUUUUUCCCAAUUUUGAUUUAAAGAGUUCAUGCGCUUGAGCUAGUUCAGAUGAAGCCUCGUUUGGGAGUUGUACCAGGCUGUGUGGAAGUACAUCCAAAAUUUGUGUGAUUUUGGUGAGAGCGUUAUAAAAGUGCAAUUUAUUUUUUUCCCAAUUUUGAUUUAAAGAGUUCAUGCGCUUGAGCUAGUUCAGAUGAAGCCUCAUUUGGGAGUUGUACCAGGCUGUGUGGAAGUACAUUUAUAUGUCUAAAAGAUUGUUUUA